AUGUUGCCUUCCGAAAAUCUCACAGCCAAAUACGCCUCACUGAAUAAGUUCAUCGAUGAAAAAUACGUCGAAUCCUACGACGGGCGCGAGGUUGCCCUUCUAAACUACGUAUACAACCAUUGUGCCUUGGAUAAAAUACGCGGCUCACCCUCAGCUAUGCAUCAAACUCGCAGGGAAACGCAGAAAAACCUGAGACUUUUGAGUUUGGAAUUUGACCCGCUGACCGCGUCAGUGGCCAUCGAUUUGAUUGAAUCUAUGGCUGAUCUAAAAAUCUGCGAGAAACUGGGUCUUCUCAAGCCCGGGGCGUUGGUCGUGGCUGAUAACGUGCUUCAGCCUGGAGCUCCACAGUACCGCGAAUAUGUCCGCCAGACAAGAUGCAAAGUUGGGGUAUUAAGGGACUGA